AGUAGUUUGCAACGUGGCGUUGCAUAUAGAGGGUACUAGCAGCAAUUGCUGACCACUGACUAGUCAUCGAUGAGAUGAAAAUUCCAUUGCAAAAGUUAAACUAGAAGUAACUGAUCGUUCAAGACUGCAUGGCCUCCACCACAACAAAAUCUCCACGUCCUUUUUUAGUUCUCUUUGCCCAUCACAUCCAUGGCGAUCACACGUUUGCUCCUCCAGCUGCUUGCUCUUCCCUCCACUGUCAUCUUCCUCUUUCUCGCCCCGGCUUCCCGCUCCAUCGACGCCGGUGAUGACCUCCACGCUCUCCUAUCAUUCAGAUCCCACAUAGCAAAGGAUCAUUCGGAUGCACUGUCUUCCUGGAGUGUUGUCAGCAAUGGCACCUCUGAUGGCACCAAUGGCUUCUGCUCAUGGAGAGGCGUGACGUGCUCCAGUGGUGCGCGCCAUCGUCGUGUCGUCUCUUUGCGCGUGCAGGGUCUUGGCCUCGUUGGCACCAUCUCACCUCUUGUUGGCAACCUCACCGGACUCCGAGAGCUCGAUCUGUCAGACAACAAGCUUGAAGGUGAGAUCCCUCCUAGCCUUGCAAGAUGCUUGGCACUGCAGAGGCUCAACUUGAGUGUCAAUUUCUUGUCUGGUGUGAUCCCUCCAUCCAUUGGUCAGCUGUCAAAGCUUGAGGUUCUGAAUAUUCGCCAUAACAAUAUCUCGGGUUAUGUACCAUCUACAUUUGCAAAUCUUACUGCCCUCACCAUGUUCAGUAUUGCUGAUAACUAUGUUCAUGGACAAAUCCCAUCAUGGCUGGGCAAUUUGACCGCGCUAGAAAGUUUUAACAUUGCGGGUAAUAUGAUGAGGGGCAGUGUUCCUGAGGCUAUAUCUCAGCUUACAAACCUUGAAGCUUUGACUAUAUCUGGAAACGGAUUAGAAGGUGAGAUUCCUGCAUCAUUGUUUAAUUUGUCCUCCCUUAAGGUGUUUAAUCUUGGGUCCAACAUCAUAUCAGGUUCUCUGCCUACAGAUAUUGGCCUUACACUUCCCAAUCUAAGGUAUUUUAUUGCCUUCUACAAUAGACUUGAAGGACAAAUUCCAGCCUCCUUUUCAAACAUCUCUGUCCUUGAAAAAUUCAUCCUCCACAGAAAUAGAUUCCGAGGCCGAAUUCCACCAAAUAGUGGUAUCAAUGGCCAAUUAACAGUAUUUGAAGUGGGUAACAAUGAGCUUCAAGCUACAGAGCCGAGGGAUUGGGAAUUUUUAACAUCCUUGGCUAACUGCAGCAAUCUAAUCUACAUCAAUCUUCAACUGAAUAACCUGUCAGGCAUUUUGCCAAAUACAAUUGCUAAUCUCUCACUAGAGCUCCAGAGCAUUAGAUUGGGAGGAAAUCAAAUUUCUGGGAUUUUACCUAAAGGAAUAGGGAGGUAUGCCAAACUCACAAGCCUUGAGUUUGCAGAUAACCUUUUCAAUGGCACUAUACCUUCAGAUAUUGGAAAGCUCACUAAUCUCCAUGAGUUGCUUCUGUUUUCAAAUGGAUUCCAGGGAGAGAUUCCAUCAUCCAUAGGCAACAUGACACAACUAAAUCAGCUUCUUCUGUCUGGUAACUAUCUUGAGGGUAGAAUUCCAGCAACUAUUGGCAACCUAAGCAAGUUAACUUCUAUGGACCUUUCAAGUAAUCUUUUGAGUGGGCAAAUCCCAGAAGAGAUUAUCAGAAUUUCUUCCCUGACUGAAGCACUUAAUCUCUCGAACAAUGCAUUAAGUGGCCCCAUUUCUCCGUAUAUUGGGAACUUGGUCAAUGUUGGCAUAAUUGAUCUCUCAUCAAAUAAAUUGUCUGGUCAGAUCCCAAGCACCCUUGGUAAUUGCCUUGCAUUGCAAUUUUUAUACUUGCAAGCAAAUCUCCUCCACGGACUAAUCCCAAAAGAGCUCAAUAAACUUAGGGGCUUAGAAGUGUUGGAUCUCUCUAACAACAAAUUUUCAGGACCCAUCCCUGAAUUCCUUGAGAGCUUCCAGCUUCUGAAGAAUCUGAACCUUUCAUUCAAUAACCUAUCUGGUAUGGUGCCAGAUAAGGGGAUAUUCUCUAAUGCAAGUGCUGUAUCACUUGUAAGUAAUGAUAUGCUAUGUGGAGGCCCUAUGUUCUUUCAUUUCCCGCCAUGCCCAUUUCAAUCUUCCGAUAAGCCUGCGCAUCGUUCGGUGGUGCAUAUCUUGAUCUUUCUGAUUGUGGGAGCAUUCGUCUUUGUUAUUGUUUGCAUUGCUACAUGCUACUGCAUCAAGAGGCUAAGGGAAAAGUCAUCCAAAGUUAAUCAAGAUCAAGGUAGCAAAUUUAUCGAUGAGAUGUAUCAGAGGAUAUCGUAUAAUGAGUUAAAUGUCGCAACGGGUUCAUUCUCUGCGGAAAAUUUGAUCGGCCGUGGAAGCUUUGGUAGUGUAUAUAGAGGAAACUUAACUUGUGGUUCAAAUGUAAUCACUGUAGCAGUGAAGGUUCUUGAUCUCCAUCAGACCAGAGCAGCCAGGAGCUUCAUGUCCGAGUGCAAUGCCCUAAAACGGAUUCGACAUCGGAACCUAGUCAGGAUUAUCACUGUUUGUGAUAGCUUGGACAACAAUGGUGAUGAAUUUAAGGCACUUGUAUUAGAGUUUAUCUCCAAUGGAAACCUUGACACAUGGCUACAUCCAAGCACAGAAAAUACUUCCUACAUACCUGGGAAGCUAAGCUUGAUGCAAAGAUUAAACAUUGCUCUUGAUGUUGCAGAGGCACUGGAGUAUCUUCACCAUCACAUUAGUCCUUCCAUUGCUCACUGCGAUAUUAAACCAAGUAAUGUUCUUCUUGAUAAGGAUAUGACUGCACAUAUUGGUGACUUCAGUUUAGCAAGAAUAAUGAGUGCAGAAGCAGAAGGCCAAUGCUUGGGUGAGAGUAGCUCAGUUGGAAUUAAAGGCACUAUUGGGUACUUAGCACCAGAAUAUGGCAUGGGGACAGAAAUUUCUAGAGAAGGUGACAUAUACAGCUACGGUGUUCUACUGCUGGAAAUGCUUACUGGUAGAAGACCAACUGACACAAUGUUUCAUGAUGAUAUGAGUCUUCCAAAGUAUGUUGAGAUGGCCUAUCCUGAUAAUUUGUUGGAAAUUAUGGACAACGCAAUACCACAGGACGGAAAUUCUCAAGAUAUUGUAGAUUGGUUUAUUGCUCCUAUUUCAAGAAUUGGUUUAGCGUGUUGCAGGGACUCUGCAAGUCAGAGAAUGAGAAUGAAUGAGGUAGUGAAAGAAUUGAGUGGCAUAAAGGAGGUAUGCGAAUCUAAAUUCGAGGAAUUUUAUCUUUGUUCAGUGUAAGUGGCGGUAAUACAAGACUUGGUACGUUAUUUGUAUAAGUGAAUGGUAGACGAUAUUUUAAAUCAAUCGUAUGAAAUGUUUGAACAUUAACUAUUUAAUGUUUAAAGUCAGAAAUGUGUGGUAUGAUUAACACGGCA